GUUCCUAAUAAAUGUUGCUGAAAACAAAUACAUGGUCUGGACCGUUUGUUCAUUAAGAAAAAAGAGACUAUACGUAGGCUGCCUUCAGUGAAGUCCAUCUGCUGUCUGUCGUGUAACAAUGGAGAAGAAGAUAGUGGCUCUGGCUGAAGGAGGCCACACCCAGGAUCUUGCCCAGCUACUGAAUGAUGUGGAUGUCAGCCAGCUUUCUCGCAUGAUCACAAGCCAUGUGUUACGAGGGAAAGGUGACUCUGUAGCUUUUAUCAGAGCUCUUCUUACCAGUACCAGUUCACCAGAAUCAACCAAUGCAUCCACACUGCAGCUACACAUUUACAAACAACUUGUUGACAUUCUUCAAAAGAACGAGAUUAACACAAAGCUGGCGUCCAAUUUAGUUGGACUUCUUAUGCUAGAGUGUGACACCCUUCCAAGUGAAAGUUUAGCAGACUUGGCUAAUGUGUUUGUAGACUCUGUGAAGAUUGGCUCCCUGCAGGGAGGAAAAGCUCUUGAUCUGUUCCCCAAGUUAAUGUCCGCUCUGGCCAGUCAGAACCUGGUCGUGUUUGGUGAAAAUUCAAUGAAAGGAUCAGAGUAUAAAAGCCAUUUAUUGAACAGCAUAUGUUCUUCCAAAUGGGCUCCUGCCAGUGUUAUUCACUUAGCAGCCAUGCUCCGAGACGUUCCCCUCAGUCUAGAUGAACUGAGAUUUGUCAUCAAGAAAAUACUACGCAGUUUCAAAGACUUGGAUAUGCAGGACCUGCCAGCUCUUAUCUAUCAGUUGCUAUUGUUGGCAAACAAGGGACACAAACAGCUGGUGCUGGAAGGUAUAUCCAAGUUCUUUAUAGCGCACGACAACAGCAGCAGACAGAAAAUGAACUCUGACAGUGAAGACCUGAUGUGUGAAGACCUGGGUGUGGAAUGUUUACGCCAGACAGAAGGAACCGUCAUUCUCCAUGUCAUGUUCGCUGUCAAACAGGACCAGGACCUCGGCAGGGAGUUUGUUAAAUAUUUAAAAAGUACUCAGCUAUCCAGUCCCACUCAUGUUCUAGAACCAUUUAAUUUGGCCUUAGCCUUGUCUAUAGCCAGAAUACACAGGUUUGAAGACCAGAUUUUUGAUUUUCUGAAGAUGACCAUUUUGAAGAGUUUCAAGGAUCUGGACCGACAGCAGCAGUCGUUCUGUGUGCGGGAAGUCGUCGCUGAAACACUGGACGUCCAAGAUCUUGUGUUAGAGACUGUUACAAACAGCGUGAUUGGCUGGGACCAGGUGAUGCAGGGUCUUGUACAACUUGGCUUCUUGCUGAUGGACAGCUUCGGACCUAAGGCCAUCUUUGGGAGGAUCGAGACUCAAUCUGUUGUGGUUAACACACCGACCAACUCAGCCUGUAAACUUGGAGCUAGGAUCCUUAUCAACACUUUCAAGGCUCAUGAAGUGGUGCGACCGGAAAUACUGGACCAGAUAUUUAACCGAGUCAUCACAAAGGCUACAUCACCAGUGUCACAUUACCUAGAUUUGUUAGCUGACACAGUGAAAUCAGCACCUCAGAUAUUGCUGGAGUCGGUUCCAAAAGUGCGUGAAGCAUUUGAUUAUCUCUCGUUUCUGCCUCCUGCAUCGGCCCAGGGACUUAUGACUGCCAUUCAGCCUCUACUGAAACUCAGCAUGUCACUCAAAGAUUCACUCAUUCUCGUUCUGAGAAAAUCCAUGUUUUCCAGGCAAGUCGAUGCUCGUAAGAUUGGUGUUUUCGGCUUCUUAAUGAUUGUGAAAAACUUCAAGGUCAUCGGUGGGUUACCUUCUAGUCAGUGCAGUCAGCCAUUCUCCUUGAGUCAGAUCCAAGUUGAUGUGCACAGACCGUACAACCCGGCCAGUAACGAAGCCCUCUGUCUCGAGAUCAUAGGAAAUCUCCGCCGGUGUUGUUCACAGCAAGCAGAUGUUCGACUCCUGCUCUAUGAGGGUCUGUAUGAGGUUCUUGAUCGGAACACUCAGCUUCAAGCACCCAUCCUGGAUUUGCUCCUACAUCAGAUAAAGAAAUAUUUUGAGAGUGAAGAUGAUGUCAUUCCGCCACUAAAGUUGGAUUUGUCUAUUCUUGCACAAGGAGAUCAAGUCUAUCUAGCAGAACCUUUGGCUCACCUCUUGACGUGUUGUCAGCUGUGUGUAAUUAAAUCAAGACGGAUACAGUCGGACCGUGAACGUAGUCACGACAAUGAUGACGACGAUGAUGAUGAAGACGAAGUGGUCCACAUUCUGUCCGAGUUGGAAGAUCUUCUCAAGUCUUUGUCCAAAAGAAUGGCGACCUGCGACAUGGAAGACUUUGAACUGGAUAAAUCAGCAGAUUUUUCUCUGGCGAAUAGUGUUGGCAUCAAAAACAAUAUAUAUGCUAUCCUUGUCCUGGGAACAUACGAAACUCUCAUGGAGUACAUGUUUGUGUCUGGCCAAUUCAGCCUGGCUGGCAGUGAGCAGAUUCUAAAUCUGUACGACAAUUAUCACAAGCUGAGUAACGUGAUUCGGGAGAAGAACAAUACAGCUGCUGGGAAGAAAGGAAAAUCAUCCGGGAAGUUACCGCAGAGUUUGAUGUCUUUGCCAUGUGUGGUAUCCAUGGUAAAGGCACUAUUGAGCGAUACAGUAUCGGACCAAAAGGAAAGUUUAGAUGUGUUGCGAGGAAAUGCUGACUUUGUUCAGUAUGUGACGUCUGUAGCCCUGCAGAAGGUGGAACAGAUAUCUGAGAAGGGAACGUGCGACGGGUGUGCUAAUAUAAACAAGAAUACGGUCAUCCGACAGAUCUAUGUGCUAGCCAGACAUUUUUUUACAUACUAUGUUGAAAACCAGUUGCCAUCUGAAGAAAAGAGAAAGGAGCGUGGGAAAAACAUGGCUGGUCUUUGUUUGGAUGGGUUGGUGUCAGUCUUCAACAUCGUCAGCUUCAGAGAUGAAAACACACUCUGUCAGUGUCUCGUCAAUUUAGAAAAAGAAACUGAUGGUGAUGUCAAAAUUCCACAUAAAGCUGAAAGGAUCCAAACGCACAUCAAGAUUUUCCAGCGGCUUGUGGCAAACAUAUUGUCAGCUGAUGAAGACCACCAGAACUGGAAGGAGGUGGCGUCACUUCUGACAAUCAUUGGUCAGCUGACCAAGCAUCUGCCACCAGGGGGCACUCAGUAUGAGCAGGUUCAUGCGUGGGUGUUUAAACUCUGUACAGAUCAGACGAUAGAUGACAUGGCGACAUGCAAGCUGUUGCUGGGGAUGUUGCUGUCACUGUCACAGCAGAUGAAGAACCUGCCCACCGUGAUCCGCUACAUGGCAGAAGAUAUACACAGUCAGCUCGGAGACAUAGACCAGGAGGUUGAGGUAGAGAAGAGUACUCACUUCUCACUGAUAAAACACCGGACUGCGGCUCCGAUGGUCGUACUGCUCGUGUUGUCGAGUUGUGAACGUCAGCUCGACGACAUAGACUGGGUCGUCACGCGGAUAAAGGCCGACACUUCCAGUAAUCCACAGAUAGAUGAAGUAGACGGCACCCAAGGAUUAACGCAGCUGGAAUCCCACGAGAAGUCUAUCUGUAUAAGACACGUGAAUCUGAUCAAGUGUUUUCACGAACUUGUCCAGUCGUCCUUGCCGUACGGUGUCUGUGUUGAAACCAUCCUGAAAACCGUCACCAAGCUAUACUCCUCUCUGUCUCUGCUUGUCAAAUAUUACCUGUCGCUGUAUUCCAACAAGUCAGGACACCUCGGCUCCAAGUUUGAGAAGUUGGUCAAGUUGAUAGGGAUUCACCUCACACAGCAUGUGUAUGCCAUGAUCACCAGCUUUCAGGCUUCAGAAAAGGAACACCUGCACCACUUGUCUGAAAAGGGCAAAAAAGACAAGAAGAAAGCUGAGACUGCUUCACAAGUUGAAUCGAAUAAAAUUCUAAAGCAGACAAAACCAAUUCCUAAUUUGAUCUAUGCCAUUGAGCAGUUUGAACGAUAUCUCAUACAGCUGACAAAGAAAUCAAAGAUCAACCUGAUGGAGAAUAUUAAAAUCAGCACAUCACGCGAUUUCCGAAUCAACACGGCUGCAGUUCAGGCUAUUCUGGAACAGAACGCCGAGUCGGACAACGAAAGUGAGGAGGAAGAUGCAGGAAACAACAACGAAGACGAGACAGUAGACCACGAAGCUAGUGAUGAAGAGAAUCUUCCUCCUAACAAGAGACCAGCCUCACCAGUGAGCACAACUCCCCCAGCCAAGAAGACCAAGCUUGGUCUCGGCACCUCCAAGUCGAGAGUGAAGUAGAUACAACAACCAGUGAGCAUAACUCCCCCAGUCAAGAAGACUAAGCUUGGUCUCAGCACCUCCAAGUCAAGAAUGAAGUAGAUACAACAACCAGUUAGCAUAACUCCCCCAGUCAAGAAGACCAAGCUUGGUCUCGGCACCUCCAAGUCGAGAGUGAAGUAGAUACAACAAGCAGUCUUGGUUUCAAGGCAGUGAAAAAUUGCUUAGAAAACCUUACAGAUAGUGUCGAUAAAAUGCAGAUAAAAUGUGCAAGAAUGGAAAUGCAAUCUUCAUGCAGGGAUGAAAAACUAUUACUUUGGUUUUGUGGGGUUUUAUUUGACCAUCUUUGACGGGUCGUAUUGUGGUAUGGCGUUGUCUGUAUAUUCAUUCGUAAACGUUUUGUUUCCAGAGCAUAGGUAUCUUAUCAGUUCAUAUAGGAUCAUCAAACAGGAACGGCACUAUAAAAAAUAGUGGUAUGGCCUGAGGUUGCCAGUCUCUCCUUUCAAAUCCACCUGUGAAGGACAUUUUCACAGAUACAACAAAUAUACAUGUGUAACCCACAAAAAAGAAAGUGGUAUGGCCAUGCUGUACCUCUUUAAAAAAUGGUCCAGCCAUGGCCAUAGCGUCUGCGCCGCCCCUGUCAAACUUUGCAUGCAAGUACAAUUGGGAUAGCGAUGUGUCGCAUACUUUAACCUACUUUUCACACAUUAUUGCACAUUAAAGGAAAUCCUUGUCCGAGCCAUAUCUUACUUAUCAAUUCAUUUAGAAUCACUGCGACCUACUUUUGACAAGCAUAUUAUAUAUCUCACCAGUAUUUUUGUUUUCAGUAAAAAGCUCAUAAUAACCCUGACUACUCUCCCUCCAUCCACUUUUCAGGACCUUUCACAAUUUUAUGAUUUUUUUUUUGUCCAUGAUCAUUUUCAUCUGUCAUCCUACAAGAUAUGUAAUUGCAUAAAAUUCUCCAUGCGACUUUAUGAGGUCAUGUUCAGAGAAAUAAUAUGCCAGAUGUGAUGGUCAGGGAAUUCUCCUCGGAUCAGCUGUUUUCCUCUCAUGGAACAUUGCAUUUCCUCGCAUUUUAAUCGUCCUUUCUUCCAAAAUGUGUCGGAUGGCACAUAUUUUAACCUAGGAUUUCAAGAAUUUCCGGGACCCCUCUAGAUUUCCUCUUUUACAGUUCACCAAUUCCCACCCCUGGAUAGUGAAAUGUCUCAGUGAAGCACUUGCUGAAAGUGCAUGGGUUGGAAAAUCAAAUCCUCUCUGUGGACUGAUUCACUGAUUGGGUUUUUACAUUGUUUUGCUGUCCUUUUCCAGUUUCCCUUUCUUCUGAGGGACCAACACUUACAUAUUGGUUAAAUCAAAAUGCGCCUUUAAAUAUGCAAAUGUAGUAGUGUUGGUAUAAAGUACUCCUGCUUGGCAGUAGCUAGUGGGAAUUUCCCUAUUAGCUCAGUCGGCAGAGUGCUGGACUCUCGUUCUGAGAGUCUGUGGUUCAGAUCCCCUCAGUGGAGGUUGAUAUUUAUCUGUUACAAAAAUAAACACAAUAAAAGGAAAGAAAUAUUUGUUUAAUUGUACUUAAACACAGUUUACACUACAGAGUUGUUUAUGGUGUCUAGCAUGGUUGGAAUAGGAUAAAAAUCUGUAGUGUUCACUGAGGGCAGUUAAUCCUACCUCACACUGGUGACCAUUUUAAAACUACUAUUGAAGCCACCCAUUCCCCAUCCCAACCCGAAACCCACUUCAAAAAGGGAAUGAAGUCUCAAAUUGAUAUGAAUUUCAAUAUUUUCUAGAUAAAAGCUCCACAAUUGUUUAGUCAUUUGUAUUUACAAUCAAAGCCACUUCAGAUUUCUUAAUAUUGUAUCGAUAAAAGGAAUAAAAGAGGAAGUAUUAUUGGCUCAUUCAUUUCUUUUCAUCAUGAACCUGACCUGGUGCAUAAAAGUUGCAGUGUUUGUCUGCCGUUUAUUGUAUGCCACACUCUCUCGCUGGCUGGAUGAUUUAAAAAUAACUCGGCCUUUGAUCCCGGUUUCAGAUAUGAUACACGUUUUAGACAGGCCUCUAAAAAUCGUAGCGAUAGUUUCAUUUGCGUGUCACUCAAAUAUAUAUUGUUCGCACAUUGAAUUUAUGAUUUACAUGUACCAUAGUUUGACACCCAAUAACCGAUGUAUUUUUCGUGCUGGGGUGUCAUUAAACAUCUAUUCUAUUCUAUUAUAUUCUAUUGAAUUUAAGACAACAUUUACAUGUUCAUGACGUGUUACGUAAAAACAAAAUGAGUUACCUGAAUUUGUUUUUGUGUAACCCAUAAAUGGUUUAUGGAAAAGAGACUUGUUUAGAUUAGUCACCAGUGACACUGUUUUCUGUGCAAAUAAAUGUACAUCCAAUGAAAAAAAUCAAAAGGCACAUUAUGCAAAAAAUGAUUUUUGUGUUCUGGCAUAUUGGACACAUUAUUUACAUGCUUGCUGAGUCAUCUGUAACACUAAAUAGUGUUUACAAUAAGCCAACUAAGAUCUAGAUAUAAAAAUACAAGUAAUGUUGUUUAGUUUUACAUGUAUAUAGACCUUAUUUUUGGUUUAUUCAUUAUUUUAUGGAAUAAUACAGUUUUCGGUGGGUUUUUUUACCUGUGUGUGGUAUUUAUUACUGUAUGUAUAUUAUUUUUGUUGUUUUGAAAAACAAAACAAUGUGGUAUUCUAUUAAAAUGUACCCUUAAACAAUAGUUUUUGAGCUCUUGAUACUAUAUUUUUAUUAUAUCGGUAGUUGUUUUAAGAAGGUGCUAUAUAAACUAUGAUUACAGGUGUUUGUUAAUUGAGAAAAAGGUAAUUCUUUGUUUUUAAGGAGUGUUGUUAUCUACAAAAUACUGAUGUUUGUAUAUUUGAUUAUAAAUCAUUAGAAAAGGCUCUGUAUAAAUAAAACAUUAAAUUAUUA